AUGUCUGCUCCACCUAUGAGGUCUUCAUGGCGAAACACUUCAAAUCCGACUCCCAGUGCGCGUCCCCGCAUUCCUGAUGGUCGUAUUGCACGGGGACGGCCAUCCUCCACUGUAUCGCCCAAUUCUUACAGGUUGUCUACACCUCCCAAUGCUUUACCGCCGGAUCGCGACAUACUGGAGGGCUUACAUACUACGCCGUUACAAACCAUAACAAUUCCUCUGCCAGGGGAUGAAGAUGAGGACAUCAAAAUCACCGAUUAUGACUUCAUCGGUUCUUACAACUGGACCAAUGAUGCGACGCCCACUAUCAUUGUGCCUGGUUCUCCGCCCCAGUGGCUAAAUAGGAGUACACCCUACAAUGUCCAACCAGACAUCGGCCUCAUGUUUCGUGAUCAAAACGGUUUCCGCAUGCCGUCUGCCGUCCUUCUUCCAUUGGUCGUCGCCGUCAACAAGAAAACAGAAGAUGAAGGGAACCCUCCUUUCGAUUGGUCCUCCAUCGAUUUCGUUACUGAUCGAAACGGGCUAAGAAAAUUGACGAGGUGGAUUGGUCAGAAGGAAGUGAAAGAUUUUAGGAUCGAUAUGCAACUCGCUGGAGAAAAGACGGUUCUUUUCAACCGCUGGGAAAAGUGCACUAGAGAACAAUUUGAUGGGCGGACUUUUGGAUUCAACUUUGAAAAAGAAUCCACCACUCCUGCGCCGGGCUGCAAGAAUGGCACAGGGCAUCAUCGCAUUGUGACCUACGACCUCAGUGGUUUGAAAAUGGUCGUCCGUUUUGAGGUUGACGCAUGUUUUCCGCCUCCCGCGAAAUCCUACCCACGAAAGAGCAUAUCCAGUAUCGACGAACUUGCCCAAUCACUCUCUGGGGUCAGUUUGUCCAGUCAGCCGUCUUCAGAUCAGCCUUCUCCCUCUCCCAAGAACGGUUUAACCGUGGUUAAAGGCGGAAGCUACGUCUCUGCAUCGGCUGUCAUUGAGUUGACAACUCGCUCGGAAGCUAGGCAAAAAUUCUAUGAUUGGAAGGAAGCCUAUCCACAGCUUUUCUUCUCCCAGACCGCGCACCACUUCCUCGCCGUUCACCAGCGCGGCCGUUUCAUUGAAGUCAAUAAGCGGAAACUAUCAUCUCCCGAGCUGCAGAACGUUGAGCAGAUCAUUCAACCCGAUUUGAAGCUGAUGAGGAAAGCGUUGGAUAAGAUCAAGGAUUUGGUAGUCAAGUACGGGGAGCGAGGGCGGCUUACUCUCGUCUGUUCCAAUGGGGAGCUGAAGCUUUACGAAAGAAAAAGCUUGGAUAGUUGUCUUCCUCAUGAUUUUCUGGAGCUUUUUUGA